CCGGGCUUCAGCCUGGCCCUGGCGCAGGUUUUGCAGGCUUUUGAGGAGAUUCCGGUGUGCGGUGUGCUGGAACAGAUAAAAGAAAAACACAAUCUGGGAAAAGUGAAAAAGAAACUUGUGAGAAAUGCUGCUUUUGGAAACUUUUUUGGAGUUAUGGCUCUGUUUCAAUCAGGCCGGCUUGUUAAGGACCAGAAAGCUCUGCUGGAGAGCAUCCAGCUUCUCCAACAGUUGGCACAUCACCAAGCACACCUCAGAGAUCUCCCUGGAAAAACUCUUGUUGACAUCCUUUCUGAGGUUCCUGAAGCUGUGUUUGAAGAGGUCCUGUUUGGCGUCUUGCAAGCUGACCUCACUUCAGCCUUCAAAUCUCCAGAGAACUUGCAUCUUUUGCUUGUGGGCAUACAGAAGUUCCCUGGUGUUCUGAAACCUAAAAAACUGAAAAAGCUGUUUGGCUCACCUACUAUUGUAAAUGAGGAGAAUAUUCCCAGACUUGUAGAACUUCUGCAAAGUGCUGCCAAGUCUGAGAAGAAGGAUAAGAAAUUGCCCAGUAUAGGGUAUGAUUUGCUACAGGUUUCACUGAAGGAAGGUGCCUUUGAACUCUUCUGGAAAGAAGCUGUGGAGAAUGGGCUAGUCAAGGAGAAGUCAGGACCUGUGAGUUACAUGUGCUACCGGUUGCUGGGCAGUGCUCUCCCGUUGUUGUCGCUGGAUCAGCUACGGAUGGUUCUUAAAGGGAGAGUGAUGCAGCACUAUGGAGAACAUGUGGUAACAACUCAGCUUCCGGACCGAUUCAAAUUUGCUCCAGAGAUGGAAGCAUAUGUAGAUGCAUUUUUGAAUAGCUGCGAUGAUCCAGAGAAGCAGCUGGCAGUGAUGAUUGGCUUCUCUACUCUCACCAAUCAAGGUUAUCCGGUGGUGCCCAGUAUUUGGAGGGUAGUGAGACGCCUGCAGCCAGUGGCAUUGCAGAAAUACAUCGACUGGCUCAAAGACAUGUUCCUUAGGCCAGACUUGGACUGUUGUUUAGACUUUUCAACUAACCGCCAAAAACAGAACCAGGAAAACAUAAAUAUAGCGCGACAUAAGAUGGCUCGAUUAAGAAAAUGGAUCAUCCACCGACUUGUUAGUAUCAUUGAAAGCCCAGUGAAGAAAGAAGAGAACCUUGUGAUGGACAUUUCCAGGUUUUGCUUCUUCCAUGCUUUCUUUGAGACCAAGAAAAAAGCUUCCCAAAUACCUGAGACAAAUGCCCUUCCGUCAGAGCCCCUAGAUGAACAGGCUCAUUCACUGGCAGCAAACUACUUCUUUGGGUUACUUCAGACUUUAAACACCCUGACCGUCUUGGGGGAUACAGCAGAGGCUGCAGCCCUGAGGGAGAAGCACAUCCAUGGCGUGACUGCAGAUGGGAAGCUGUGGAUCUUUCUCCUUGUUGAGUAUGCCAAUGAGCUACUUUCCAGCGAGAAGCAUGUCAAAGCUGUGACGCCUUUUACCAAGGGACAGAGGGAUGCCUGGGAGAGAACACUUCAGUCUGUGAAAAAUUUGCAGAAGAAGGAAAAUAAAUCAGACAGUGCCAAAAUCUUUGCUUUCCAGCAACUUCUACUUUUAAUGGCCAUUCAUCUUUUCAAGAAUCCAGCUGAAACGAUGGAACUUUUGAGUGACCUUCUGGACUGCACGGAGAGGGCGUUUAGCAAGGAACCCAAGAUGAAAAAAAAGACCGAGAACUCAGAGCCAGGAUGGGUUGAGGUGAUUGUGGAAAUCCUUCUCUCCCUCCUUGCCCAGCCCAGCCUGCUCAUCCGUCGGAUCUCCAAGAGCGUGUUUGGACGGAUAUGCCCUAGUCUGACCAAGAGAGGCCUGCAGCUGAUUUUGGAUGUUCUUGACCCGUACCAAGAUCAGGAUGAAGAAAGUGCUGUUGUUGUGAUGGAAGAAUCGGACAGAAAGAUGAAAUCUGCACCGGAGGACAUGGAUGAUGAAAUAAGUGGGGACUCCUCAGAUGAAGGUGGCUCUGAGGAAGAGAAUGACAGUGGAGAUGAAGAUAAGAAUGAAGAAGUCGAUGAAGAUUUUCGCAGUCAGCUGAUGAAUGUUCUCCAAGCAGGGAGUGCAUUGGGAGGAGAUGAGAGCGAUGAAGAGCUGGAUGAUGAGGCUAUGAUGGCUCUUGACAAGAACAUCUCGGCCCUCUUUGCGGAGCAGCAGAAACGGAUCCAGGCAAAGAAGGAUGAGAGAGACAGGAUGCGGAAGGAGAAGAUCCUACGCAGGGAUUUCAAGAUUAAGGUGCUGGAUCUGAUUGAAGUGUUCCUGAGUAAGCAGCCAGAGAACCCCUUGGUGUUUGACAUCAUUGAGCCCCUGCUUCAGGUGAUUGAACAGUGCAUGAGCUCAGACUCUGACAAGCAGGAGGUUGACUUCCUCCAGAAGACAGCCCAUAUCUUCACGAACUCUUUGUGCCGAGCUAAGCAGUACUGCAGGAGACUGGAUGCCCUGCAAGAAGAUUUGCAUGCCUUUGUGGAGAGGCUUGUGAAAAAAGCAUGCAAGCACAAUGACUCUUCAGUGGCUCUCUAUUAUUUCAGUGCAUCCUUAUACCUACUCAAAGUAUUGAAGGGAAAUGUGUCCGAUAAGACACCGACUCCUCCUGCCCCUCUGCCAAAGAAGCAGAGCAGCAACAUCCCACAGGCUUGCCAGCUUUUGAGCACAGGCAGUCUGGAUGUGGACAGGGUGACUGUAAUAUAUCAGGAAGCACUAACGCAAUUCUUGACUAGACGAAACAGUGCCCUUACAGCCUCAAUGUUCCUUGAUCUUUUCAGCCGCUUCCCGAUCAUGUGUAAGCCAUUAGUAGACACUCUUGUCAAGUCUGUCACUGCGGGAGCCAGGCAACAUCAGCAGGCCCAGGCAUGUUUGCUUCUCCAGAAGGUUUUACCGCUUCGUGAGCUGAAGCUCUCCGUGACAGAGGAGGAGUGGGAGGAUCUGAUCAGAGAGAGCAUCAGCCAAGUGACGGAGAGUUUGAAAGUGGCUGACCAGUUUCGGGUGAAGGCUGAGAAAGAGAAAGUUGCCAAGAACUUGGAGCUGUUGAACUUCCUCCUCAAAACCGUGACUCAGCAGAAGCUGCCUGUGGAGUUGGUGGAGGUGGACAAAGUGCUGGUAGCUCUGAACCAGAAAGAAGGCAUUGGGAAGUCAGCACGUCUCGACUCUCUGUACUGGAACGCCAUGCGCUGGCUGAAUUAUACGAAACCCAAGAAAGAGAAGACAGCAGUUGCCAAUAAGCCUGCCCAGGGAGCAGAGCCACUCAAGCGGAAGAAGAAAGGUUUCCUGCCAGAGAGCAAGAAACGCAAGAAUCGCAAGAAACACGUCCAGGAGAAUGGGAUAGCACCAGUCGCUAGUGAAGGUGGAGCCACAGCAGCCCCAGAAGAACAGCCCGAGGGAAUAGACUCCCCUGUGCAGAAGAAAGGCCUUGUGCCCAGUAGCAGGAAACACAAGAAACACAAAUUGGCAGGCAGAGGGGAGAAAGGUGUUAAUGGAGAAGAUGCUGUGGCUGACAAGAAAAAGAGGAAGAAGAGGAACAGAAAAAGGAAAAGUGAUGCAGGUAAUGAAGCUGAGCAGGUUCCAGCUGCUAAGAAAGCCAAGGCGAACGUCAACCAGGAGACCCAACAGAAACAGGGCAAAGCCAAGAAGAAAAGGAAAGUGAAAAAGGCUCCAGUGCUGCAGGAGUAAACUCCAUAGGAGUAAACUCACCCAGGCCUGGCAGGGCCAGUGUGGCUCGGAGGACUGUUUUAAUGACUUUAUAACUAUAUUUUUUACACCCUCCUUGAAUUUUAAUAAACCUUCCAUGAUA